CAUUUCCAAACGAGAAAAUAAACCCAGCAAAAAAAACCAAGAGGGAAACAAAAAAGAAACCCUAGCGAUGCUGCAGAUCCGCCUGAGCAAGAUCGGCUCGUCGGACUCCGGCGCCGCCGCCUCCGGCGCGGCAGCGGCGGGCGGAGCCCCAGCAAAGUCGGCGGCAGCGGCUGCGGCGGCGCUGGGCGGCGUCCCGGAAUCGGUGACCGUGGCGUGCCCCGACCACCUGGUGAUCGCGGACCUCCCCGUGGCGAAGAGCCUCGGCGCCGUCACGACCUCCGCCGCCUCCGCCAAGCGCACCAUCGGCCGCCGCUCCCGCCGCCCUCUCGGAGAGCGCGUCCACAUCUGCUCCCGCUGCGAGUUCCCCAUCGCCAUCUACGGCCGCCUCAUUCCUUGUGAACAUGCUUUCUGUUUAACCUGUGCAAGAAGUGAUUCCAGCUGCUAUCUUUGUGAUGAGCGCAUUCAGAAGAUACAGAGUGUGAAAAUGAUGGAAGGGAUUUUCAUCUGUGCUGCACCAAUGUGUCUCAAGUCUUUCCUUAAGAAAGCAGAUUUUGAGUCUCAUGUGCCUGAAGCCCAUUCCAACCUCCUCCAAGCUAAUGUAGAGAAGGAAGAACGUAACGAGUCAGAUGCUCCUAACAUCUCCCGUGCUUCUGCAGGGGAUACUCAAAGGCAAUCUCAAAUGCCUGAAAUGUCUACUGCACGUGCUCCUCCAAGGCCAGGUGUUUCACCCACUUCAACUUCUCACAUGCAAGAUCGUGAAGAACACUCCCGCUACCACCAGUCCAGGGAGCAAACCCCACUGAGGCCCCCAAUGCUUGCAAAACCGCCGUCAUUCCAUGGUCACCACUCAUACCCAACAGGAGAUACUCAGGCUGAGAACAACCCACCUCAAGGAUUUGACCGGCCCUACAACUGGGCUUCUCAGUCACACCAGGAGAACCCAGGUGCAGCAACUCCGCUUCGCCAAGAUUCUGAUCACAGUACUCAGGACAAGCAACAACUGAUGGCUAAUGCACCGUUUAUGUUCCCGCCAAUGCCUCCUCAUCAGCCCAACUUUAUGAUGCCCAUGAAUAUGAAUCAGCCUUUGAUGCCCAAUGCGUCAUUCAAUUACCCUCCUCUCCAGCAAGAUGGAAACCCGCAGUAUUUUGGUGCACCUUUCCAGAUGCAACUACCAGAUGCUCGAUCAGAUCAAGGUUCCGUGUCAGGGAUCCAGCCUUCACCUGGUCCUUUAAGCUUCCAUGAGGGGCUUCAGCGACCAUGGGCCAUGGGAUUGAUGGGCAAUCCAUUUCAGUCGAUGCCCUUUGGGCAGGGAAUGGCUGAUGGUGCAGGUGAUCCUCAGGGUGUUGGUGGUAUGGCCUUCAUGCAGGCUGGUUUUGGGGGCAUUCCUGAUGGUUCCAUAAAUCCAGGCAUGCCAGGUCAAGCUGAUCGAGGUGAUGGAAGAGGUAUUCUAGCGCAGAUGCCUAUGCCGAUGCAAAUGCAGAUGUCAUUUCCCCCACCCCUGCCGCCUACACAGCCUCCAUCAGGCUCACAGCAAUCUUUUAGCAGGACUUGAUUAUUUUUGUGCACCAAUUGAUUGUUCCUGCCAAAAUUGCAUGUUAAUUCAUUGAGAAAUUGUAAUUUUGUCGUUUUGGCAUGUAACUUGUGAGAAUUCGAUGGCUCAGUUCAAUCCCCUGGCUUAUCCCUGCUAUUGACGGAUAGGGGCAUGUAUUAUGCUAUGACUUGUUCUGUUUGAAUGAAAUGUUUGUUCUGGAUGGUU